GAUGCAAGAUGAUGAGAGGUGGCGAUCAUUGUCACUCGGAGCAGAGACAAUUAUGCUGAAGAACAUGGCCGGGGGAGUGGACGAACGGAGCCCCCUGUGUAUCAACGUCCCUCCAGAAGACGACGUGUCCAGCGAAUUCACGCCGCAGCAAACCUCGCGUCUGCCCGUUCCUCCGCGCUCUCGCGGUCGCCGCUCGACAGACUCCUUCACCAACCCUGGCGCCACUACGGCUGUUCUCCUGGGAGACGACAGCGUGGAGCGGGGGCUGGAGUCCUCUUACAGACGUCUCUCCGGCAGAAAAGGAGCCGGUUACGAUGGCUACGCGGAUCAGCAGCUAACCAGCUCACUCGAACUUUCCACGUCUUCGAAUGAGUUUGUCAGUAUUCAGGUGUGUUUUGUAAGUGGGUGUGCUGCAGUUGUAAACAAAGGCGACCUCCACGUCCUAUUGUCCCUGUUAUGUUGGGUAAGCCGAGUAGUUUUGUGCAUGGCACUAGCCCAUCACUAAUAGUCCCGCCAACCAGACAGUAUAUAUUUCCUUUUCUGAAUGCAUAAUCCUGUUUCACUCAAAAGACGGCUAGCUAGUUCGCAAUUGUGAUUAACCAGAAUUGGUGUACCUGUGUAUCGCACACACACACACAAUCUCUCUCUCUCUCCUAUCUCUCCUCUCUUUCUCUCUCUCUCUCUCUCCCCUCUCUUUCUCUCUCUCUCUCCUAUCUCCCCUCUCUUCCCUCGCUCGCCUCUCUCUGUGGUCUGCAGGGUUCAGAUGUGACUACACAGGCCCUGGAACUGUGCGAAAAGUGGGCACUCAAACAUUAUCGCCGCGUCUUAGUUGCUUUAGGGUGGAUUCCUCCCCAAAGCGACUGCUGUGCCCCUCGCUUGCGGAAGGCGAUCCACGUUGUUCUAGUUCUCUUCUGGAUGCUGGUCAUCGUUGGUGCCUUUAUUGCCCAGAUUCUGUCCUGUUUUAGGAGGGACAAGUUUCUGGCCUUCCACGACAGCCACACCUGGAGGGUGUACAACGAAUCCUGCCACGAUCUCAACAACGGUAUCAACUCGUUGAGAAUCAUCCCGGCGGACGACGCGAAGGACUACAACACAACGUGCCGCACGCUCUACUGUGAUCACAAACACCUGUUCACCGACUAUAUUCUGUUUGACGUUCUGUUGCUGGUGGUGUACGUCUACGGAGUGUACCUUUUCCGGUCGGAGGACUGCGGGGAUCUGUCUUACCUUCAUAACCUUGCCUCCCGGGCUUUUGUAAUGAACUCCAUAUCAAGUCAAGUGUCUGGUGCUAAGAGGGGCUCUAAUUGGAGGCUACUGCUAGUUAUCAUGUUGUUCUGUAUCAGCGGUUGCCUAUGGAUACUGGUAUCCCUGGUGAUCAGAAUACUCACCAUUUUCUCUGCCCAUCUGAUGGAUAAUUCCGUUGUCAUCAAAUGGAAUUCAGAAAUAUUCUACGAGGCAGAGAAAGUGGUUCUAGUUGUGUUCUCCCUCGUGGGGUUCCUGUUCUUUGACAUGGUCUACGUGGCAACCGCCAUGAACCACGCGGUGCAGAGCGAACUCCUCGUGUGGCUGGUGUCCUCCAUUACCACCCUCAUCAAGAACAACCAAUACCACAACAUUGACGCUGCGAUCAAGGAUAUUCUGGAGUGUAGAAGAUACCUGCGGACACUCAAUGGCAGAGCUGCAACUUCUGUCGCUCUCAUUAUCUUCAUCGUUGGAAACAUGGCCAUUCUCGCUGGACUGACUCUCAACAAGAUGAAUGACUAUGACGAAGACGAUGCCUUCAAAUUGACUGUCGCCGUUCUCAACAUAAUCACCUGGUUUUCCCUCGUUUCCUUGCCAAUCAUACAGGCCACUCGUGUCACAAGAGCCUGUCACAUACUGAAAGACACGGCUACUGAGAUAAGGUCGCGACCUCUCCUCUACACCAACACACCCCAGUUGGAGCUGGACUCUCUCCUUCUCCUCACUCAUUGCGUGAGACUCAGGGCAACACUGUUUGGCGUACCCAUGACUCCUCCUCUGGUGUAUGGAGCGGUUGCCAUGGCAACGUUUGUGGCCGUUCUCCUCAGUCAAUGGGAUGACUUUUUCCUCAGCGCCCUUUGAGACCACCGACUGGACGACCGUUUCGUGUAUUUUGUGGUCUACCCCUAUAUUUAUGUCGGGUCGUGUAAAACUUUUUUGAAAGGUUGUAAAAAAUUUAGAGUAAUCCGACACGUGCGCGCGGGAAGACGGAGCGCAGCUGGAGUCAUUAGGCGACUGUGGACUAGCAUUCACACCUCAGUAGAAGUCCUUCCAGUCGUAGAUUCUGCUCAUAGUCAUGGCAUCAGGGUUUCCAGGUCAGCCAGUCCCCAUGCGAGGCCCAGGGGGAUUCCCCCCACGACCCAACAUGCCAAUGCAGCCGCCACAUGGACACAUGGCUCCACCCCCUGGAGGAUUCCCCCCAGGGCAAGGGGGUCCCCCUGGAGGAUUUCCCCCAGGGGGUGGGGGUCCCCCUGGAGGAUUUCCCUCAGGGCAGGUGGGUCCCCCUGGGGGAGGUCCCAUGUAUCAGCCGCAGCAGAUGAUGUACCAGCCACAGCCAGGACCAGGGAUGAGGCCACCUCCUCCUCUUCCUCAGAUGGGACAGUAUCCUGUGAGAAUGGCUCCACCCCAGCAACCGCGGCCGCCAGCUGCUGGCUUCAUGCACAUGUCUCCUUCCUCCGCCAUGCACGGAGGUAGACCACCCGGGCUCCCUGGUCCUCCAGUUGGACCCGCUGGGUCUCCAGUGGGCGGGGCCCGAAUGACUCCGCCCAUGAUGCAACAGUCACCGGGCAUGGGAUCUCCCCUCGUCCCCCUCUCCUCUUCCUCCGUUGCCCUGGCAUCCCAAGUGGCGUCCGCAGGCCCUCCCUCCCUCCUCCCUCCCUCCUCUUUCCCGUCCAAGCCACACCCAACUCCUGCCACCGCAGCUACGGCUGCUACAGUUUCCCCGGCAACCAGUGCCCCUGCUGUCACUACAGCUAACGGGACAGUGGGUGUGACUACACUGCCUCUGAAGAAGAAAAAGAAGGUAAAGAAGGCAGUAGCAGCAUGGACGGAGCACAAGGCUCCAGACGGCCGGAUGUACUACUAUAAUGGCGACACCAAACAGAGCUCCUGGUCCAAGCCUGAAGACCUCAUGACAAACGGAGAGGUGACUAUAUCUUCCUUCCACUUCUGUGGUUUUUCAAAGAAUGAAACUGUUGGCUCAGAGCAAAUGGAAGGAACACAAGAGCGAUACUGGGAAGCCAUAUUCUAUAAUACGGAGACCAAGGAAUCCAUUUGGAGUGUACCUAAAGACCUGGAGGAGCUGAAAGCUCAAAUUGAGAGGGAGAAAGACCAGCCAUUAAGCGAAGGGGAGAGUGAGGAGGAGGAGGAGGAGGUGGUACAAGGAGAGGGUAAAGAUGGUGCCACAGUUGACACCGCUACAGGAGUGGGUGCCACGGCUACCACCGUGACAUCAUCACCAGCUGUUUCCACGGAGAAGACCAGUAGCAGUAGUGGGGCCGAUGUAUCCAUGGCAACGACGCCCGAGGAUAAACUAGAAGUGGACCUGGGAAAGCCGCAGUAUGCCUCAAGAGAGGAGGCAAAGCAGGCCUUUAGGGAACUGCUGAGGGAGAAAGACGUCUCCUCAACUGCCUCUUGGGACCAGGCCAUGAAACUCAUCAUCUCUGACCCGAGAUAUGGAGCUCUCAAAAAGCUGAACGAGAAGAAGCAAGUUUUCAACAUGUACAAGACGCAGAAGGCCAAGGAGGAGAAGGAGGCACAGAGGCAGCAGGCCAAGAAGAACAGGGAGGAGCUUCGUCGCGUCAUGGAGGAGCAUGAAGAGGUGCACUCGGAGAUAAGAUGGCGCAGGGUGUGUGCCGUGUUUGACGACCAUCCUCUCUGGAGGGCCGUCCAUCCAGAGGAGAGGAAAGACGUGUACGACGACGUCGUGUUUGCUCUCACAGAGAAGGAGAAGGCCCUAAAAAUGAUCCCUGAUAGCAGGCUGUUUAAAAAAGACGAGGAAUUAAAAGAGAUGGACAAGGAGGACAUGUUGGUAGCGUUCGAAGACCACAUACGGGGGUUGGAGAGGGAGGAGGAUGAAGGGAAACAGAAGGACAGGGAGAGAGAGAGAAGAAAGUUCCGGAAGAACAGGGACGCCUUUCUGGCAUUACUGGACGAGCUCCAUUCCUCAGGGCAGCUAACCUCGGUCUCUCUCUGGAAAGAGCUCUACGCCCUCAUCUCCAGUGACCAUAGAUACCACUCCAUGCUCGGACAACCAGGCUCCACACCACUGGAUCUAUUCAAGUUCUAUGUUGAAGACCUGAAGGCAAGACUCUAUGAUGAGAAGAAGAUUAUCAAAGAAAUACUCAAGGACACGGGCUAUGAAGUCGAAGUGGAGACGACCUUUGACCAGUUCACUGCUCACAUUGCAUCGGACCCCAGAUCUCACUCUCUGGACAGAGGAAACAUGAAACUCACCUUCGCCAGCGUCCGUCCUCGUAUCUCGUCUGAUCCAGUGUUCGACACCGUGACUGAGGAAUCCGAGAGAGUCCGAAUAUACAAAGACUUCAUCAAAUCUCUCAAGGCUAUUGAACAUGAGAAAGAAAAGGAGAAAGAGAAGGAGAGGGCGAGAGAGAAAGAGAGGGAGAGGGAAAAGGAGAGGGAGAAGGAGAGAGAGAAGGAACGAGAGAAGGAGGAGGAAGAGAAGAAGGCCAGGGAGAGAGGGAGAAAGGAGAAGGAGGGGGAGAGGGGGAGGGAGAGAGAAGAUCGCGGAGACAGAGAAAAAGAGGACAAGAGAGACGACAGGAGACACAAACACCAUCGCUCCCACAAGAAGGCAAAGAAAGACAAAAAGGCACAUUCGAAAUCGCCUCCUGCCUCGUCUGAAUCAGAAGGAGAGAUCAAGCCACGGAAGAGAAAGCACGAUUCAAGCCAGACCCCUUCCUCCACCUCCAAGAAGCAGAAGCCGGUGGAUUAUGAAUCUUCUAGUGCCAGUGAGGGAGAAAUACGAAAAGAAUGAGAUCACAUGACAGUCACAUGAGCUCACAUGAUUAAACUGUACCUUGUUUAUACUUUGCAUUUUUCUGUGCACCCCUCUUCUUCCGAUUUUCUUUUGUAUUGAUUCUCAUGCAAUUG